CUUUCAAAGUUGUUAGCUAAGCGGAUAAUUAUCUUAUCGUUUAAUUUAAUCUUUGGCUACACAGGCUCUCCAGUUGCUUCCGCCUUCGCCUGGUAAAAGAAACGCUCGCUUCUUUACCGCCCCCUGCUGGACUGGAUGACCACUAAAAAUCGUCUUUCAGGUUGUUGCUAGGAUACGAAGCACGACAGAGCAGCUCGAGAUCGUAUUGAAUGUCAGAAGUAACAGGGAAAGAGCGUGAUACACCUUUGAAUAAAAGUUUCUUGGUGAUUAAUGGAUCACACAGGAAAACAGGAUGACAUUACAGCAUCGAAGAACGGAAGGUGCUGGUCAUUGGCUCGUGGCGUACAGAAAGGCAGAGGAGCAGAGAUACAGGAACCUGCACAGAAGAAUAAAAGAGACGCAUGGAAAAUGUGACAACAAGAGGGGAAAGGACCGUCGCCAUGGUAACACAUUGGAUUCACUUUUUCUGCUUCAGUCACAUUGUGUUGACAGACCGUCUGAACUCUGUACCGUCAACGUCAGUGAGCAGAAACUGAAUUCUGUCAAUCCUGACGACCUUAAGGAGUUUGUCAAUGUAGCUUACAUUGAUGCAUCGAUCAACGCCCUCUCUCUAGGGGCGUUCAGCAGUUUCCUGUCCUUAAAAGAACUCAAUCUGUCGUUAAACGGGCUCCGCAACAUGACGUUUGAUGCUGCUGACUUCCCUCACCUCGAGGUUUUGGAUCUUUCCUACAACAAUUUGUCAGCUGAUUCUAUUGUUAACAUCGGUCGGCUUCCUCGCCUGAAAGUCCUUCAUCUGACUGGAAAUGAACUUCAUCAUCUUCCUCCUCACCUGUGUUCCUCCAACCAGAGCCCCGCACAAUUGCCCGCUGCACGAGAAGACUCACAGUUUGAAACUCUGGAAGUCCUGAUGCUGGACGAUAACAAACUCUCCUCAGGAGUCUUCAACAGUCUAUCGAACCUAAAGAGGCUUAAGUAUUUAAACCUUCAGGGGAACCGCAUUUCUAAAAUACCAUAUUUGCAACCAGCGGGUUCUUCAAAAGCAGCGAUCGAAGAGCGAACUGAAGAGCAGGGACCGGCCCACACUGAGCCAAAUCCUGUCACCAAUGAAGAUUUAAAGAGAACCUCUCAGACUGAACACAUCAAGGAGUCCUGUGGAGGCUCUACUUCACCUCUACCUGCUCUGCAGUUCCUGAAUUUAGCCGACAACAAGAUCGCAGAGGAGGACGGAGUGAUGGCUGCCGCUCUUUUCCCAACGCUUCGAGAAAUCGAUAUCUGCUCCAACCCUCUGACCAUGCAGAGAAGUGGCGACCCUCCUUUACUCACAUACUACCUUCAGGACAGACUGGGGAUUACAAUAAGGCGAAAGAAGAAACAAGAAGCCAUGAAGCUGCCAGUGAAGGUUUCCACUGAUCCAAAAUGGAAGGUCGAAGAAAGAACCCAGAAGGUGUUAAAUAAGUCAUCGAUGAGGGACGCACCUUGUCCUGCUGAAACUCAGGGGGAGAGAAAUGAGAUGCACUUAGAGAAAACACCAGAAUCCCUCCAAGAAGAAACUCAACACUUCUUUGUUACUCAGGCAACAGAUUUUGAGUUAGAUUUCCAAAACAAUGAGAGAGAAACAUCAGAGAACAAAGUGGGACACAAGGCAGAAACAGAUCCUGAAGGACUCCCGUGCUAUGAAAUGUUGAUGGAUGCAAACUCAUACCCUGAUGCAGAGGAGCCCAUUGGAAUUCAAACAGCUGUUCGGAUGCUGGAACACACGCUGAAGAAUCUCAAUGUUUACAGAGACUCCAAACCAAAGCUUGAUAGCAUCCAGGCCCCGUACAGAGAAAGAGAGAAAAGGAUUAAGAAACUUCCACCUUUGAGGCCAAUAAAGCAGCCGUCUGAGAAGGUGGAUGAAAUGAUCAAGGAAAUCAAAGAGAGUACAUCGAUCAGAGAAGUCCCUUUAAGCAGCGCUGUACGCAACACAAGUGUUACCAACCAGGAUUAUAAGGAAGCUCAGUCUCUGCUGAGGGACAUGAAGACAAAGUACAAAAUGGUCCAUCAGAAAACCAUGGAACAAGUCGCCAGCGUUGAGAUGGAGAGAAACACCGGCCAAAACGGAGCGGCGCCUCCACCUGUGAACUCUGAACUCUGAACUCCUGAUGUAAAAAAGUGCUUAGCUAAGCUGUGAUUUUACAUCUUCUCUUUAGUAUCAUCUCGUUAGUGUUGGUAUGCUAUUUGUGUGAGUGGAAUUAAUAAGAACAGAAAGCACAUGUCCUUAAUAAAAGAAGGUUGUUGAA